CGUGCAGGGGAGGAGAGGGGAUCUGACGUCAGGCCGCGAGGUGCUUUCCAGCCCGGAGCUGUCAGGCCGAGUGUCAGGCUGAGCAGGCUUGCUUGAGGCCCAGCCUAGCUGCUAGACACCUCUACCAUGUCGGACAGUGAUCUGGGUGAGGACGAAGGCCUCCUCUCCCUGGCUGGCAAGAGGAAGCGGAGAGGGAACCUGCCCAAGGAGUCUGUGAAGAUCCUCCGCGACUGGCUGUACUUGCACCGCUACAACGCCUACCCCUCAGAGCAGGAGAAGCUGAGUCUUUCUGGACAGACCAACCUGUCGGUGCUGCAGAUAUGUAACUGGUUCAUCAAUGCCCGGCGACGGCUUCUCCCAGACAUGCUUCGCAAGGAUGGUAAAGAUCCCAACCAGUUCACCAUCUCCCGCCGUGGGGGUAAGGCCUCAGAUGUGGCCCUCCCCCGGGGCAGUAGCCCCUCGGUGCUGGCUGUGUCCGUACCAGCCCCCACCAAUGUGCUCUCCUUGUCCGUGUGCUCCAUGCCACACCACCCAGGCCAGGGGGAGAAGUCAGCAGCUUCCCUCCCCCAGGGGGAGCUGGAGCCCACCAAGUCCUUGGUGACCCCUGGUAGUACACUUACCGUGCUCACCAGGGCUGAGGCCGGAAGCCCCACAGGUGGACUCUUCAACACACCACCACCGACACCCCCAGAGCAGGACAAGGAGGACUUCAGCAGCUUCCAGCUGUUGGUGGAGGUGGCACUACAGAGGGCUGCUGAGAUGGAGCUUCAGAAGCAGCAGGACCUGUCACCCCCCUUGCUGCAUACUCCCAUCCCCCUAGUCUCUGAAAACCCCAAGUAGGCAUCUGCCAAAAGGGGUGCUCGAGGUUCGAGCUAGUUGUCCUGGGUUUCCGUUUUGGUUCCCUUUCAUACAGAGGGUUUUAUAUGGAUCACUGCCAAGCAUCGGGAUCGCCUCCUCUGUCCAGAGCUCUUCAGCAGGAAGAUGCCAGCUGGCGUCACUGCACUGUGAUGGGGACCUCCCCUCCACUGACUCUGCCACUUCUCCAGGCCUCCUCACAGUGAUGGGACCAAGAGAUCGGAGACAGGCAUGGUGCUGCUGCUGCUGCUGCUGCUUCUUCAGAAAAUCCCCAGGUUACCUUUGUUCCAGCCUGGUUUCCUGGGCUGAGCUCAGGAAGCCUGCCGAGUUCACACCUAUGCUGGUUCCAAGUUGUCCCUGAGCGGGACCUCUUUGUUAAUCCAGGUGUGGACAUUCCAAGUUCGUAAGUGUGAACAAAAGAAAAGAGGAACUCAGCAGAUGUAACAGAACCGACUCCAGUUGAAUGUUUAGAUUUUCGCUAACCUCUUUUUCUUUUCUCCUUUUUGCUGUGGUUUGCAUUAAUGGGAGUAGUUAGCUCAGGUGUGGGGAAUGAGAGUGUGUUGCGGGAUGGAGUCUAAUGAACUGGGAAUGAGCCACCACUGCAACUGGUGAUUGUUUUACAAGGAAGGGUGUGCUUUUAUUUUGGGGACCAGCUAAAUCUCUGCAGUAGUGCGAAAAUUCCAAAUGGUUGUUUCAUUGUUGGUUGUUUGGUUUAGCGAAAAAGAAAACUUUUACAGGCUUUGGCUUUUCCGCAUUAGGCGCAGAAGGGGACACAGCCACAGCCAAGGCAGAGGGUCCACCAGAGAAUCUGACCAAACCUUCUAGGCACGGAGCAGAGAAGGAUGAUAAAACCAGAGAGCUGUUUGGUUUUUUUAUUUUUGUUUUUAUUGUAUUUGGGGAGGGAGGGGGGAAAUAAGCUAGAUUGAAGCAGUGGGGUUUUUUGUUUGUUUGUUUGUUAUUUUAGUUUUUUCUCUUUAAUGUUUUCCUCCAUUUCUGUAUUCCUGAUUGCUUUGCCCUGCAUCCUGAGUUGUUCAUUCUUUUAGGAACUUGGAUUAGUGGGGCCUAGAAUGUCAAAGUUCCCGCAGCUUCUACUUGGAGAGAAGUGAGCCAUCUAGUGGUCAGGCAGCUUUUCCCACAAUGGUGACAGGAAACUAUUCCUGGAGGAAGCAGGUAAUAGCGCCCCCGUUUGUCUGAGCAACUGCCUUCAGAGAAGGCUGGGGCUGGAAAUGGGUUAUGAAGCCUGUUAGCUGUCUCCUUGUGUUGCACCUUUUUUGAAGCUGGAGUUGCAGGGGCUUCCCCUUGAACUUCACAGUGAAGCAGAUCAUAGUUUGUCUUAUUCCACCCCUCCCAUUACCUCCCUGUUUUUUAUUUUGCUGUUUCAUAGCUGACAGUGUUCAAAGGCAAUAUACCCAAUCUUUAUAUAUCCUAAAAAACACUAAUCCUAGGUUAUUAUUAGCCUAAAUAACUUUGUUCUGAAUAACAUUGUUACUGGGCCAGGAGACAGGCCAGGAUCCCCAAGCUGCAGUUUCUGAGAUUGCCAGGUGUUUGGCACAGGAGGAGUGUGAGCAUCCCUCGGUGUUGACAGACUUGGGUGGAUCUCCUGGGGCACACAAAGAGGAAGGCAGCAACGUGUUUUGUCCUAUCUGGAAAGAUCCCUGAAGCCCUCAGGGAGGCUCCCCUACUCCAUCCAUUGCUGUGGGAGGGGAGAUUAGUUAUUCAAGGAGAGAGUGUUUUGUUCUCUGUGGGUGGGCACUUUUCCUAGGCUCUUUUGCUACCCUCUGGCCUCUUUCUCCUGCCCUCUCCUUGUGUGCCGCAGGGGGAUCAGGGAUCCUCACCCUCCUGAGGCCCAGCUGGGGAAGGAUGAACAUGGCAGCUUCAGGUUUAGUUGAAGCUGCUGUUUGCCUAGCCUCUUCCACCCCACCCAUGUCUGUGAGUCCAGGUCUGGUGUGGCUGUUGCUGUGUACUUGUAGCAGGGGACAUGGGAAGUGUGUUGGGUUGGGGUGAGAUUUUUCCCUUCCCACAGUGCACUGGGCAGUGGAGUUGGUGAAGGGUAGGGGAAGCCAUGCUGCUGAAUUCUGGUUGGCAUUCUCCCCUUGUGUGAAAUGGGGUGGCUGGGGUAGGGCAGCCUUGCUUGGGUUUAGUUGUGAGAUAAACCUAGAGGAAAAGCACAGUUUUCCCAUUGAAUUAUUUGAGCAAGAAACUACUGUAAAUAACUUGUUUUUGUCUUUUGUCAAAUAAAGUUUGUUUUGUUUUUGUUUGUUUGUUUGUUCUAGGCCUAAGCUGGAUGCGUGCUUGAUGCACUGUGACCCUGGGCCCAGGCCUGGAGAAAGGGUGGUUGCUGAGUUCAUGCUCAGCCUCACCUCUUCCACCCUCCCUCUAGUGGCCAGCUGGGAGUUUUGUACACCCUAUGCCCUUGUUACCAUUGAGAAGCCAGUGCCCCCAACCUCCCUUCUCCUCCCAUCCCCUUCAUCAGUAUACAGGGCUCUGCGUCCCAAGUUGGGCCAGCCAGUUUUUCCUGGGAUCAACAGCCAAGGUUUGGGCUUGCUAAGUGGUGAGGAUGUGAACUUAGGGAGCUCGCACUUUACCUCUCCCUUGCCCCCCAAUGAGCAAAGGGUAUGACUACAGAGUGAAGCCAGCGUAGAUGAGAUGGAUGCUCCAGUCAUGUCUGAAACCAGUACCACCUCUGGACUUCCCUAUUACAUAAGUUAGCAAAUUCCCCUUUGUGCUUACGCUAGUUAUCAGUUGCAUUUCGGUCAUAAUGAAAUGACGAUGCACUCUAAUUGCAGCCCAAACAGUGCCAAAUCGAGGUCUACAACAGUAGAAAAUAUUCAUUACUUUUUUUUUUUUUUUUUUGCGUAUACACACACACACAUCCAAAGUGAAAAACCCUUCUCAUUUUAUAGAUGAGCAUCCGAGUGUUUGUUAAGUUACUUGUCCAAACACAUACAGCCGAUAUAAGCGUGAAGCGAGGAUUUGAAUUCAAGCCUGUCUUACCUGAAGGUCACCAAGGCCUGCCCAGACCCUAUUUGAAUUAGUAUGGGCAGUUCACCACCUACUGGCAUCCAGCUAUCUAACAAUGGUAUGAGCUAAGCACUAGAGUUUCUUCUGAGCCAAAUCAGCUUCCUUGCAAUUUCUCCCUAAUGUUUCUGGAUGGGAGAUACCUAGUCUCUGCCACUGGUCACUCUCCUUUAGGAAUGUGGAGAGGGAGCUCUCCCCACUCAGGUACCCCAUAUUAGAGCCCCAAGUCCCUUAGCCAUUCAUCCAAGGUUCUGGUUUUCCCAAUUCCUCUCUGUCAGUAUCCCUCAAACUAGGUGCUUGGCCCCAGGGCAUGGCAGAAUGCUUGCUGGCAAGGGCUCCUCAAGGUAAGUUCAAUAUUCAUUUUUACAUAUGGAGAUACUAAAAGGGGAAGUGAGUUGGGUGGUUCAACUGCCUAAGGAGAAAGAGAGCUUAAAAUAAUACUUUUCAAAGAACUGAAACCAAAAGUGUCUAAUGCAUCAAGCUUUAAAUUGGUGAGCCCUGGAGUGAGCAAGCACUCGAGACCAUGAAAGCUGAUGAGGGAUAAUGUGGGUAGGGCCCCCUCCUCUGGAGCUGGGAUGGGGUCUAAGGACAUCCACCUUUCCUGUAUCAGCUUCAUUUAGAAAAUAGCUUUUUAAAUGCAUUUCUGCCCCAGAUCUUGAGCACCUGCUAUCUCUUUGGCCCCCCUCUCUAUACCCCUGCUCUAAUGGGAGUCAUGAUGGAAAUCAACGUCAACUUGGACCGUGUAUCCAGUCAUAAAAAAAGAAAAAAUCAGAAAAAGAAAGUGGUAGUAAUGAUGGGGGAGGGGUAUGCCUUUAGACUGGUCAUCAGGGAAGACCUCUGUUUGAUCCACCACUUUUGAAAGUGCAAAAGUUCCUCCAUGGACUCCCAGCCACAGAACCACCAAGAAACUUGUUGGUCCCAUCUCAGCCUAGAAUAAGAAUCUCUUGGGUGGAACUCUGGAUUUUUAAAAAGCACACUCAACUUCAAAAGCUACAUUAUGUGAAAGCUCCCAAAGGGCAGGGGCCAAGUCUGCCUUUGUCUGAACGUAGUCUCACUUUGUUAGGCACUGGAGCCAUAGAGAAUAAGGUUUGGCACUCUGGAGAGAUGUGGAAAUAAUGAUCAUCAUUGCUCUCAAUGUUACUGAUUUCCAAAGCACUUUCUAUGAUGUAAGCCUGGGUUCAAGUUCUGGCUCUGUCACUUAAUUAGCUGUUGUAACCAUAGGCAAGUCAAUUGACCACUCCAAACCCCAGUUUCCUCAUCAAUAAAAUGGGAAUAGUAAUAUUUACUUCUUGUUAGGCACUGUCGAGUCAGUUCCGACUCUCAGCGACCCUAUGUACAACAAAAUGAAACGCUGCCCAGUCCUGCACCAUCCUCACAAUCGUUGCUAUGCUUGAGCCCAUCAUUACAGCCACUGCGUCAAUCCAUCUCUUUACCAUUAGUUAACCUCGUAGGAUCACGAAACAGAAUAACACAUUACUGUUAUCUAUUAGUAUCUGACCUAACUCACCCUACUCUCAGCGUAGGACGGAGAGAAAAAAAAGUCAUAACCUAUUAUAAUAAUUUGCUCCAUACCACACAGAUUUUUAUGUGUAGAAUUGGCACUAAGUACCCAGAGGAGUGGUUCUCACACCUCAAUAUGCAUCAAGAUCAUCAGGAGAGCUUACUAAAAUGCAGAUUCCAGGCCCUACCCCCAAAGAGUCAGAUUCUGUAAGUCUAGCAUUCCUCACUAAUGCCACAGGAGAUUCUGAUGCUAUUGGGCCAGGGACCUGAUUAUUAUCAGGGCAGUGAUUUAUUCCCAAGAAUGUUGGGUUGAGAAGAUAGAACCUCAUCUUUCAAAGUUAGGAAGGGGGGUACCACCAAGUACCCCUAGGAGUUCAUGGCAGCCUGAAGUUCAAGUGUGAAAAAAAAUUCCUGACAUUUUUUUUUAAUUGUUGUAAAGAUAUAUAUGACAGAACAUUUGCCAAUUCAAUGUUUUUUCGCUUGUAACAUCAAUUACAUUAAUCAUGUUGUGUAACCAUCACCAAUAAUCAUCAAAUUUUCCAUCACUAUAAACAGAAACUCACGGCUUCCUGAACAAUGGCUCCCCUUUCCCUCUCCCUCCUGCUACCAAUAACCACUGAUACAACUUGGGCUGAUAUUUUAAUUACAGAAGUAAUCCACAUUCACUGUAGAAAACUUGGAAAUAAAGGUAAAAGGAGUUCAGUAUAAUGGUUAAGAGCUCAGCCAGCUUUAGGAGUAAAACAAAUGUAUGUAAAACAUUAAGCAAUAAUAAAACAUUUACAGUUAGUAACAAAGCAAAAAAAAACAAAAAAAGACCAAGAUAAAAAAUAUCACAACAGGUGCUCUUCCCACUGCUGGUGGUUUUCUCCCUAAGACUCAUGAUUUCUGUGAUCCAUCAGUAUCUGUCCUGGCCACAAUCUUAGCCCUCUGGGCACAGCUUCCUCUCUGACCCCUACUACCAGCAGCUGGGCAGUGGUAUAGAAGCGUUCAGCUGGGAGGAAAUACUCAGCCCCAAGGCUGAAUCCAGUGUUCAAACUCACAAAGGCAAAAUUUGUUCUAUUUCUAAAUCUGUCUCUUACUUCCAAAUAUCACUCAAUAUCAAGUUCUUUUCCAUCUUAGACCACCCAGGAUGUUUAUUUUAACCCGAUUCACCACUUCCUAAGAUAAGCGAAGUCUUGGGUGAAAGCAGAAAGGGAAUAACUUCAGUCCCAUAAAUACAUUCUAGUAAAGGGUUUUGCACCCUGGCUCCUAAUUUAACUCUGCUCUUAAAAAGCUAAGCGGAGGAGCACAGAUCAGAUUUCAGAUGCCUAUGUAACCUCUAACUUGUGUGAUCUUGGGCUGGACUGCAGGAUCUGAGGACCCUUCGAACUAACUUCCUGUUAUCUUCCCCUCAUCCCCCAUGCAAACACAAACUUCAUGAGUCUUGAAGUUCUGAGCUUCACAAUAUAAAUAUACAUAAUGAGUUAACUCCUUUUUAAUCCAAUUUUCUCCAUUUUCAGUGCCCCCACCAGCUCUCCCUUGAGGAGUUCCCCGUCCCUUAAAUAGCAGUAAGAGUGAUCUUGCUAAGAUGCACACCUGAUUGCUUUCCCUGCUCAAAUCCUUUCAGUGCCUUCCUCAGCCCUUGGGAUAAAAACCAAAUUUUUCAGUAUGCCCUCACCCCCACCCCAGUUGUAGCUUCAUUCCUUACUGUUAGCCUACAAGGUUUCUUCUAUGGGAGUGCUCUCUGCUCUUCCCUUCCCACUUCCCCUUGUUACUCCUACUCUUCCUUCAGAUCUCUAUCUUGCCUAACCCUCCCCCAGCCACCCCAGAUCAGAUUCCCCAUUACACACCUUCACUGCUAGACUCAGCAGUGUCUUUGACAAUGGGCUACAUACUCUUUCAGAAUUCAACGCAGUGAUCAGUUAGUUUAUCUCCAGUGAAUACAGCACUUCUAAACUGGAGUGAGUUGUUUAGACUUUACCAUAGUUUUGCAUAUGGGAGGGAAACUGUUUCAGAAAAGAGGCAGGACUGAAAGCAACGAGAGCCAUGUGAAAGUUAGGACUAAAGGUGUGCAUCCAUAGCAAGCAUGUGGCCCUUCCACCAGGUCCAGACAAAGCAGUGUCUUGUAGCAUGUUUCACCCUUUGGGGUCCAGCCCACUCAGUCUACUGAAACAGGAUCUUGGGGUGUAAAACACCAGCUAUGGUAUUCUAAAAAAGCUCCCUAGGAGAUUUUGUUGCUCAUGUAAGGUGGAGAGCUACAGGUGAAUGUUACAGGUAUGUAAAGGAUGUUCUGAUUUAUUGACACUCUUGAAAGUUUUAAGGGUUAAGAGCAUAGAUUUUGGCAUCAGAGCCGGGUACUAGUUGAAUGAUUCUGGGCAGGCUACUUUGGCUCUAUAAGUCCACUGCACAGAAGUGAUGUGAAGAUCAAGAGUAUACAGGUCACCUGGUGGCAACUUAUUACAUAGGACAGUAAGUAUAGGUACCACCUGGAGGGCUUGUUAAAACACAGAUUAUGGACCCCAUCCUCAGAUUUUCUUACUCAGUAGGUCUGGGAUGGAAUCCGAGAAUUUGCAUUUCUAUCAAGUUUCCAUGUGAUGCAGCUGCUGCUGAUCAGGGAACCCACUCUGUGAACCACUGCCCUGGAACACAUUAAGAACAAAACAGAGGGACACUCAGAUGUUCUGAUACAGAAUAAAGUAUUUUCUCCCUUCCCCUGCUCCCGCGGGAGUCCUCAGCUCAUUUAAACUUGAUACAUGGCCUUAGAAAAUCAUUUCCCCUUUCUGGGUCUCAGGGCUCACAAUUGCCAAGAGGGUACUGGGCAUGAUGAGACGCUAAACUAUUACAGAAAAGAGUUACACAUUCUGAACAAGUUCCUACAAGAACGUGCAGGGUCAAGGGCGAAAAUGAGCAAGAGCUAAAUCCUGAGGGGUAGCUUGGGGUUCCUGG